AUGGUGGUAGUUCGCAUCGUCAUCAUCAUGUGCAUCAAGAUCUUGGUGGUUAGCUCUGAUCCGCAGGUGCCUUCCUUUGGUAAGACCAUCCGAGAAGCAUACUUCCAGUUUCAGCCUGGCUUUUUGAAUUUCAACCACGGUGGUUUCGGUGCAACGCCGAAGCCCGUUCGCAGAAUGCAGAAUCGCUUUAUUGAUGAGCAAGAAGCACAACCAACGGCCUGGUUUGCCUCUGGGGGCUACCAGAAGGUGAUUUCGGAGGUCAGACCUCGCUUGGCGGAGAUGAUGGGGGCCAACGCCACGGACGUUGUCUUUCUGGAUGAUGCAUCUUCCGGCUUAAAUGCAGUAUUACGCAGCCUUCCAUGGCAGCCAAGGGACGUACUGCUGCUGACAACGGCUGCUUACGCCGUCUUACCUAACACUGGAGCAUGGCUGAAAAGGCGCUACAACAUCCAGAUAGUUCAAGUGGAAGUGUCUUUUCCAGCCAGCGGGCCAGAGUCCUUUCUAGAUCCACUGGAGCAAACUCUACGGCAGCUGCCUCGUCCAUGCCGGCUACGCUUGGCAGUCUUUGAUCAUGUCUCCUCCUACCCACCUGCCAUCCUGCCGGUCUCUCGCUUGGCCAAGAUGGUGAAGGCCUGGUUCCCAGAUGCGCUCGUGCUGCUGGAUGGCGCCCACGCGUUGGGGCAAGUGCCCAUCGAACUGGGGCAGCUGGAGCAAGCUGGUGUGGAUGCCUACGUGACAGAUGGGCACAAAUGGCUGAUGGCUCCGAAAGGGAGUGGUGCACUUUGGGCAUCGAGAUCGGUUCAAGAUAUCCUUGAACCAGCCAUCAUUUCCUCCGAUAAUUCUCCUGAGACGACCUUUCAAAAGCGCUUCGACUACAUUGGCACACGGGACUAUAGCUCUUGGUGUGCGAUGGGAGCGGCCUUGGACUUCCGGCGGAUGUUGGGUGGAGAGGUCCGACUGCAAAGGUAUACCUCCGAGCUGGCCAAGUGGGCAGGGCAGAUGAUGGCAGAGGCCUUUGGUACUGAGACCGUGGUGCCAGUGUCUAUGACUCCAUCCAUGUUUGCAGUUCGACUGCCCAUAGCAGCUACACAGAGCGAGGCCUGCGCAGGUUUCAUCGCUGAAGGGCUUAUCCAAAACUAUUCCAUGCUGGUGAUCUCCUUUGGUUUGCACACGAACAGCUCCACGGAUCUUACUCACUGGAUCAGGGUGUCCUCACAAAUCUACCUGGAUCGAUCUGACUUCCACGAUCUUGCAUCUGCUGUUUUGACGCUGCGCGCGUCUUGCAAAGACAUUGGCAGACCCGGUGGCCAGCUUGAUGAUAUUGCAAUUUGA